GCUGUCGGCGAUUUAGUUUAUGCUGUACAUUCCUUUGGGUUGGGUGCGUCUUAUGCGUACCACAUAAAUUUUUGUCAAAUUAUAAGCACAUUAAAUCGAAAAGCAUAUAAAAAUUGUAUUCAGUUUAGUGAGAAUGCCUGAGACAUAUUCAACUCAGACAUCAGUGUGAAGUGAAGGCACAGAAGAAUUUGAAAUACCACUGCAACUCUCGGUUCAUACACCUUAAGCGUCGAUCGCAAAGCAGCUAAAAUUAUGGAUGCAACAGAAUCAAUAUUAUCCACAUACGACACAAAAGAUGACAUAUCGACGACAGUACAUCCCAUGAAUGUGGCGGAACUAAGCUCCUCACUACAGCGAUUCGGCAUCGUUGACUAUUUUGUGUUUGUGCUUAUGUUGGCGGUGUGUGCUGUGAUUGGAUUCUAUUUCGGGUUUAUCGAGAAGAAAAGGAAAACUGGCUCAGAACAGCGUAGAGGAUCGGAGGCAUUAGACUACUUGGUGGGUGGCAGGAAAAUGAAAGUGCUUCCAGUGUCUUUGUCGCUAGUCGCCAGCUUUGUCUCAGGAAUUUCGCUGCUUGGAACAUCAACCGAAAUAUAUGUAUAUGGCACUCAGUACGCCUUCAUUCUCUUCACAUUGCUGAUAUCCGGAAUAAUUUCGUGGUAUGUGUUCCUGCCGGUAUUUUGCAAUCUCCAACUAACUUCAACGUAUGAGUAUCUGGAAAUACGCUUUGAUAAAAGUGUUCGUUUGCUUGGCUCUGUGCUCUUCAGUAUUGGAACGAUAUUCUGGUUACCUAUUGUCAUUUAUGUUCCUGCAUUGGCUUUCAAUCAAGUUACGGGUGUGAAUAUCCAUGUUGUUACCCCUGUGGUGUGUGUUGUUUGUAUUUUUUACACGUGUGUGGGUGGGUUGAAAGCUGUAGUGUGGACGGAUGUCCUCCAAACAGUGGUUAUGGUGGGAUCCAUAAUAUUGGUAAUCAUAAAGGGCACUGCAGAUGUUGGAGGGUUAGCUAUAGUUUGGCAACGCAACCUAGAAGGAAGUCGUAUAGAAGUUCCUGAAAUGACUUGGGAUCCUGCAGUUCGAGUAUCAAUGCUAUCAAUUCUCGUAGGAUCUACUUUGUACUAUACACAAAAUACAGCUGGAAAUCAAGUAAUUAUGCAACGAUAUCUCUCUCUUCCUGGAAUGAAGGAGGUUAAAGGAGCAUUGAUAUGGUUUAACAUUGGUAUAAUUGUGCUUACUGGCGCUUGUUUUUAUAAUGGAUUACUAAUCUAUGCCACUUACCACGAUUGCGAUCCAUUAAGUACAAAGUUAGCUAAAGCGAAGGAUCAGUUGGUGCCGCUUUUGGUAAUGGAUACUUUAGGGGUAUUUCCUGGAAUGCCAGGACUAUUUGUGGCGGGAGUUUUCAGUGCUGCACUUAGUUCACUGUCGACUGGUCUGAAUUCAUUAGCGGCAGUUAUACUUGAGGACUACAUUAAACCCUUUAGAAAAACUCCUUUGACCGAACGCCAAAUUGCAUUUGUCAUGCGGCUUUCAGUGGUGUUGAUGGGAGUCCUGUGUGUGAUUUUAGUUUUUGUUGUUGAGCGGAUGGGAACAGUAUUGCAAUUAACAAUGACUCUCGCAUCGAUAACUAGUGGCCCAUUGCUAGGCCUUUUUAUUAUUGGAUUGAUGCUGCCUUGGAUCAAUGGAAAGAGUGCAUUGGUGGGAAGUAUUGCAUCGACCUGCGUAGUUACCUGGAUCUGCCUCCGGGCUCAAUUAGCAAUCGCCGAAGGCGAGAUACAAUACGCUGAAAAGCCAGUCGCCACAGAUGGUUGUAAAUAUAUUUUUGACAAUUCCAAAAUGCCUACGAAUACAGGACCUAUUGAAAAGGGCUCAAUGAGUACGUUGCAAUAUAUUUACCAUAUGACCUUUAUGCUUUAUGUGGCAGUAGGUGCUCUCCUGACGAUCAUAUGUGCUUGUUUGGUUACACCCUUUUUAGGACACAAUGACCCCAGAAAAAUGAAAGAUGAACUUUUUUCUCCAUUUUUGAGAAAAUUCCUAAGACGCGCAAAGUAUCUUAAAGUGCAGCAGCCAAACGAAGAGAUUCCUAUAAAUAUUUUGAAAAUUAAGAGUUCUCUUUACUUUGAAAUGCGGUUUGGCCGUGAGGUGCGCUAUUUUGGAUCCGUCUUAUUUAUCGUAGGAAUGGUACUUUGGUUGCCUGUUGCCGUGUAUGUGCCAGCAUUGACUUUUAAUCAAGUAUCUGGCGUCGAUACGCAUAUUAUAACGCCGAUAGUGUGUCUGAUUUGCACCUUUUACACUUGUGUGGGCGGUUUGAAAGCCGUAAUCUGGACAGACGUUAUACAGAGCUUUAUUAUGUACGGAUCAAUACUGGCUAUUUGCAUUAAAGGAACCCUCGACAUUGGCGGCUUGGACGUGGUUUGGCAACGCAAUAUUGAAAGCGGUCGCUUAAAUGCACCAGACUGGACCUGGGAUCCUACAGUACGUUUGUCAAUGUUGGCUGUAUUUGUUGGCGGUUCGCUUCAUAAGAUCCAAUCCUCUGCGGUCAAUCAGAUUUGCAUUCAACGCUACCUUUCCUUACCAUCCUUCAAAGCAGCAAAGCAGACAGUGGUUUUGUUCAAUAUUUUGUUAAUAUUUUUGAUGCUGUUUUGUUGUUAUAUGGGAUUAUUAGCCUUUGCCAGCUACUACGAUUGUGAUCCACUUAGUACAAAGCUCGCAUCAGCAAGCGAUCAGCUGCCCACUUUGCUGGUAAUGAAGACGGUCGGAGAUAUACCAGGGUUACCGGGCCUAUUCGUGGCGGGAGUUUUCAGUGCUGCAUUAAGCUCUUUAUCUACUGGUUUAAAUUCUUUGGCGUGCGUUAUUUCUCAAGAUGUCAUUGGUUCAUUUCUGAAGAGUCCGCUAAACGAACGCCAGACGGCAACACUAUUGCGCUUGAUCGUGUUUGUGUUUGGUGUCUCCUGUAUAGGGUUGGUGUAUGUUGUUGAGAAGCUUGGUAUGGUUUUACAAUUAGCCACAAUGACGGGUGCUGUAACUAUGGGCCCACUCCUAGCUGUAUAUACUAUGGGAGUUGUAGUGCCGUGGAUCAAUGGAAGGAGCGCCCUCACAGGAUGUGCGGCAGGGUUUCUUGUUCUAAGUUGGAUAUGUGCUAAUGCACAGAUCGCCCAAAUGAAGGGCGAAAUUGCAUAUCCUAAAAUGCCUGUCUCCGUAGAUGGGUGCAAAUAUCAAUUUGACAAUGAAACGGCUUGGCACAUUAUCCAUGACUACAAGCCAUCCACUGCGGAUCAGCGAAAUAUAUUUCACCUGUCCUUCUUAUGGUAUUCUGCCUUAGGUGCAGGCAUCUCGAUUGUCGUAGCAGCCAUUGCAACCCGAAUAUUUGGCACAACAAAUUUGGACGAACUGGAUCCAGCUUUGGUCUCGCCUUUUAUGCGACGUUUCUUACCAGAGCGGCAGCAAAAAGAAUAUUUUAGUGUUAGCUUAGAAGACUUUUUUAAUGAUAAAUGUGGAAAUGAGCUUUGCCAAAAUAGUGCAGACAAAAAAUAGUUUCAGUUUGUUUCAUUAAAUUUACGUCUGAAAUCAUUUUUCUUCUAUUAAUUAAAUAAAAAUUAUGCUAAUUUUAGCUUAC